AUUAUUAUAUUAUUUACACGUGACAUUCAGAUGACCAUGACCAUGAGCAAUGGAACUCAAGAUUACAAAGUCUGAUAAUAAUGUCGUGCAACAUUACACGUGACUGUCGCCUUUAUAAGGCGGGACAUAAACGUACCCAGUUUAAUAUGCUCAAAAUGGGUUUCCGCUUCUCGUUCGUUUUAAUUUGGCUUGUUGUCCUGCUGAUCAAUGGAAUCAGAGCUGCGGUAAGUUCCUUAUUUAUACCCAAAAAUCAUAUUAAUAAUAUUAGCUUCCAGCGGAAAUGGGACUACGAACCCUUAUCAAUCACCUCCACCACUUCGGAUGAAAGUUUAAUAUUGUUUAAAAUGAAAAUCGUUCGCAUAAGACGCGGAGAAUACGGAAUUUCACCAAUGUCAAGUGGAACUUCGAUACUACUAACGAAACCAUGGUGGAUAGAGGCAUCAGCCUACCGAAGCAUUUCGGGAGAGGAUAAUGACUACAAGGUGCUCCCUUGGUCCCUCCCCAAGCAACCCUUCUACCAAUAUCUCAAUACCUACUAUAAGGAUGUGAUAAUGAAGAACUUUGCCCACUGCACCAAUAUUCCAGUAUUCAAGGACAAAUUCGAGCCACCGUGGCCAAAGAAGACUUACAUCGGUGAUAAAUGCGUUAUUGAUGGCGAUGGAUUGCCGGAAAUUGCACCGCCGGGGUACUAUAAAAUUGUAUUUGCGGGUAGCGGACCAGACCAGCCGUCAUGGAGCUUUGCUGCUGUUGUUAAACUAACAAUCAGAAUAUUUUAAAAAAACAUA